AUGCAUUCUGAUGGAAACGAUGAAGUGUGUUUGGUUGAACAACAUCGUAAAGAGUUGCGUGAUUUGACAUGGGAUGAGGAAGAAGUAAAGCAGGCGCUGGGAAAAUACCGAUACAAAAAUGAAGAAGCUGAGAAGGAAAGAGAUGAAAUCAAAUUGAUUAUGGAAAAACAGGAGAUGGAAAUUGCCAAGAAGGAGGAAGAAUUAAAGCAUUUUCGGGCUCGGGUACAGUUACGACGCGAAAAGAUUGAGAACAUGCGCCAGCAGAUCUUUAUAAAUCAGAUGCGAAAAGCAGAGGCUGACGAACAAAUUAAGGAAUUGAAAAAAACUUUGGAAGAAGUAAAAGAGAAAAAAAAGGCCGACCAGCAACUUCUCACAGAUCGUUUAAAAGCUGUCCAAAACAAAUUGCUGAGUGCUUCUUGGGUAAUUGCUCGUCGUAAGGAGAAGGAGAAAUUGGCUGCUCUCUGUAAACAAAUUGAUGAGGCUCGUGCAAAGAAAGAGCGACUGUUACACUCCAUUCAGGAGAAAGAAGCUAUUUUUGCGGGAAGCAAUGAGCUACCAUUCACAAAUUUCUGUAUAACAAUCGCUGCUAUGGCACUGAAAAAUCAUGCUCUUUUGAAAAAGUUGGCACAAGAAUAUGUCACUAUUGCGCAGCUCACGCAAGAAUUAUCAAAUCAGGGAAUUUUGGAUACAUCGAUGCUGUCACAGAAUAGUCAGAUCCAACCUGAGGAAAAAAUAGAAGAAUCUUCGCUAUGUUUGAAUAAUAUUGGAGGUGCUGAUGCAAGUGAGGAAACGGAAUUGUUUGAUUGCAUGAAAGAAAAAACAACUGGAGGAACUAUAACGAAUUUUCAGACCGACAAUGAAGUUCAUUCUAACUUCCAAAAAGAAGCCGACACAGCUAUGACCAUGCCAGUUCUAGAUGAUGGCAAUUUGAAGGAAGAUAAUAAGCUUAUUAUUAUAGACGAGGAAGUCGAAAAGACUGUAUCAAAUAUAGAAAUGGAAGUAGAUAAAAGUCACGAAGUUAACCAGAAUUCCAAUGAACUGAAAACGAAUACUACAGGAUUUGAGGAAGGAAUAAUUAACAUGAAUGAAAAACAUGGUUUGAUUAAUGUGAACAUUGAACCAAAUCAAACUUCUGAUAAGGGCAAUAACAUUGACCACAAUUUCGUUCCAAAUUUUAUUGAUAGUUCCGAAGAGGUGGAAACUGCAAUAUAUGGUGGAAGUGAAGGAGAGAACAUUGCUGAUUAUAAUGAUGGCGAAUGCGAAGCGGUUGCUAUUAUACAGCCUAUGCAGAGUGCUUCUGAUCUAGAUCCCACCAAUUUCUUUGAAGGCUUUACAAAUUUUGCUCCCAAUGUAUCAGCAAUGAAUUUAUCAAAUACUUAUCUCGGCAUGGAUGCAGAAUUUGAUGCAUCUGCAAUUUUUAAUCUUUCCGCUGUGAUACAAAAUCAGUCUGGAUCUGUUGCUGGUGCUAGUGACUACAUGACACUUUUCGAUGGUGUUGAUACAAAUGCAUCGUCUCAUGUUAAUGCAGGUUUCGAAUUGAAUUUCAAUAAUAUGCGUAAUGAAAAUAAAGACAAGAAUGAGAUAGACAAAAACGACCGUUUGUUCGAUUUCUAG